CAAUUCCGCCGUCGUUUUCAGCCAGCCGCCGCCGCCGCUUCGGAGCUCCGUCGUGGGCACCGCCAAACUUCCGCCAUGUCCGAUGAGACUGAAGAGGACAGGCAUUGCAUAUUCCGGCGGCGUAUCGCCGGUUCUGCCGGAGCAGGAAAUGAAAGCCGCCGCCGCCAGGGAGGAGCGGCGGCGGGGCUUCGACUUCAGCCAGUACGCGGCGGAGAAGAUGAAAUUAAUGAACGAGGCGCUCGACAGCGCCGUCGCGAUGCGGAGGCCGGCGGUGAUCCAUGAGGCGAUGAGGUACUCGUUGCUCGCCGGCGGGAAGCGAAUCCGGCCGAUGCUGUGCAUCUCCGCAUGCGAAUUCGUCGGCGGGAACCAGUCGGGCGUCGUCCCCGCCGCCUGCGCCGUCGAGAUGGUGAACACCGCGUCCCUCAUCCACGACGACCUGCCGUGGAUGGACAACGACGACCUCCGGCGAGGGAAUCCCACCAAUCACAAGGUGUUCGGCGAGAAUAUUGCCGUGCACGCAGCUGAUUCUUUAGUGGCCUUCGCGUUCGAGUUCAUAGCGACAACCACCAAAGGAGUCUCACCGGAAAGGGUCGUAGCAUGUGUCGAUGAAUUAGCAAAAGCGCUUGGAGUCGAAGGCAUGGUGGCGGGGCAGGUGGUCGACAUGAAACUCACUGGAAACAAUGCGAACGUGACACUACACACAUUAGAAUUCGUACACAGCCACAAAGCCGGUGCCCUAAUAGAGGCUUCCAUGGUGAUGGGAGCCAUUCUUGGCGGAGGAAGUCAUGAACAGGUGAAUAAACUGCGGGUUUUUGCCCGAAAAAUUGGAUUGCUCUUUCAAGUGGUGGAUGACAUAUUAGAUAUGACCAUGUCGCCGCAAGAAAUAGGAAAAACUGCGGGCAAGGACUUGGCCACCGACAAAGCGACAUAUCCAAAACUUUUGGGGCUCAAGGGUGCCCGGGAAUAUGCAAAGAAGUUGUGCCAUGAGGCUAAGGAGGAGUUGGCGGAGUUCGAUUCGGAUAAGGCGGCGCCGCUACUUGCUUUAGUUGAGUUCAUUACUAGUAGGAAGAGUUGAAAG